AUGUUUAAAUUAUCGGAGCUUGUACGUUGGCUGGGCCUAACAGAAUUCGAAAUAAUGGUCAAUUUAUGUGGGCUUCUUGUAUUCACAAUAACACUUGCGUUUCGAAUAUCCGGUACAAUUGGAAAGAACGCUGUUGACUGGUUUACUAUUUUUAGCCCACUGUUUUGUGUUGAUGUAUGCAAUGCCUACUUCUGCAUAAUCGUAUUGUUACGAAUGUACUUGGAUUCAGAAAACAAGCGCAAAGCCCUACAUCGCUUUAUGUGGAGCACAUACUUUUUGUUUUUGGUAGCCAUUUUUAAAUAUUUGUUAUGUCUAAAAUUAAGUGGUCAAACCAAUUUAGAAUACAGUGAAGUGUUUUCCCCCAUCUUUGUACUGCUCCAACUCGUUGCUGUUCGGGCAUGCCAGCUACCUAACUCCGUUUAAUAUUUUUCAUGUCUUAUAAACAUUUAAUUAUAUUAAAAAUAUUUUUAUUCAGAAGGAAUGUAUCAUAUGGUCAAAUAAAAAUAUCAUAUAUUAUA